AAUGAAUUUCAUCAACCUCUUUCCGAACAAGCCUCAUGUUUCCACUCUAUAUAAGUAUCCUCUCAUCCAUCCCAUACAACCCAACCAGGGUAACUAUCUCUAGGCUAUCAUCAUGUCAUUCCUUCGUUCGCAGUCUCCUCCUCCCCCAAUGCCUUCCCCUGAGCUAGUCCCAACACCUCUACCAUCCCCACCGCCCUUUCAUCGCAAUUCUCGUCUGACCGUCCCAAAUAACUCACCUCCCAUUCCACCUCGCCUCAUUGGCUCACCACUUCUUGAGAAGACUCUCAACUCUUCCAGAUCACAUGAUCGCCUGGACAGAAAGGCAAAGGAAGGUCUCUUCGGAGAAGACGAUGAAUUCGGCGCACGUAAACGUGCUUUGGGCAGGAGAAGUAACUCUUCAAUCCGCUCUACCAGGCGUAGCCUCGCUCAAUCCUCAUCCCGUUAUCGUUCCCCACCACCUAGCCCUUCAAUCACCUCUCCACCACCACCCGUUCCUCCCAUCCCAGCAUUCAUGCUCACUCCAACUGAUAAGAAGUCCGUCGUCCGCUCACUACCUAAACGAGCUACUGCUCCCGCCCACCACGCUAUUUUCGACCUCUACACCCGUGACAGUGCACCUUCCCUCUCAAGGUCACGUUGUGAAUCAUCAUCUCAGGCUCCCGGCGUAGUGACCUGCAUGCAGUUUUUUACCAUGCACAAUACUCCUCGCAGGGAUUGUCGAGUCUGAGAGAGGCACCACCAUUCCGCUCGCCUCGUCGAGCUUACAUCUUGACCAACCUUGCGGACUCUGCUGUACCUCAUCCACAGUGCACCUGGUCUUGUGCCAUCAUUGUACACAACUUAUCACCAUUGGGACGACAUCACCUGCCAACGACCUUCCUUGCACAUAACCAUAUAUUCUUUCUUUAAUAUUUAUACCUCAUUAUGCUCCCCACCCGCGC